ACGUAUAGCGAGAGAAGAAGCCGGCAAUACGGUGGUGAAACAUCGUUGUUAAACGUUAAACAGUGAAAGUCUUUGAAAGAUGGAACGUUGGUCAGGUAAAGUUGCAUUAGUGACGGGAGCGAGUGUUGGAAUCGGAGCUAAGAUCGCCGAAGAAUUGGCAAGACAUGAUCUCAAGGUCGUUGCUAUUGCAAGAAGGUUUAACAAGUUGGAGGAAUUAAAAAGGAGAGUGGAAGAACAGAAGUUGCCGGGCAAGAUUUAUCCUAUGAAAUGUGAUGUCAGUAAGGAAGAAGAAAUCUUAAAUGUUUUCAAAUGGAUUAAAGAAGAACUAGGUGAAGUUAAUGUUCUCAUUAACAAUGCCGCUGUUAUUGUCAAUGAAAAAAUCAUCGAUGGAUCAACGGAGAACUUUCGUAAUAUUAUGAAUGUGAAUGUGAUCGCUAUUGCUAUCUGCACAAGAGAAGCCAUUAGAAUGAUGUCUAAAUCAAAAAUGCAAGGACACAUUAUCAAUAUUAAUAGCAUUUCUGGCCAUGAUGCGAAGAGUAUAAAAGUACCGUUCAGUUUAUAUCCAUGCAGCAAGUAUGCUAUUACAGGCAUGUCCGAAAGUGUUCGUAAUGAGAUUAUAAAUGAUGGAUUAGAUAUUAAAAUUACAAGUAUUAGCCCAGGUAUUGUGAAAACCGAUAUGGUUGACUGUUUUAAUUUGCCGCAAGAUGUUCUAAACAAACUGUUAAUGUUAUCGGAUAAGGAAGUCGCCGAAGGAGUUAUUUAUGUACUAUCCCGCUCCUCUAAUGUUGAAGUUAAUGAAUUAAUCAUUGCACCUCUACAUCAGAAAUUACCUUAAAAG